AUGGUCAAUGUGCCGUCCUCACCUGCGAAGCUACGAACAGCUCGCUUCGGUCACACCUGCCAGCUUGGUCUGCAAAGCAAUACGGACUACACGGUGGAGGUGACGGAGGACUGCAACGUGACAGAGGCAAGAUACAAUGCGAGCGCUUCUGUUCGCACGAUGGCGCAGCCAGCAUCGCCUCCCAACUUGCUUGUCACAGAUGUCAGUAAAACUUCGCUGUCUGUCGACUGGUCCUCCGCUGGUGACGGAGACUGCGUCUUCCAGAACUGGGAGGCGGAAUGGCGGCCGUUCGGCGGAAGCUGGAUGUUGGUAGAGAAUGAGACGGGCACGUCGGAGAUGCUCACGGGCUUGCAGGAGAAUUCGGCAUAUGAGUUCCGAGUGCGCUUGAUGUGCACCGACACCAGUCUGAACUCUGCGUAUGCAGAGUUUCCAGGGGGACUCUUCACUCUUCCAGGAAUCUUCAGUGUUUAUGUGGGAACCAGCACGGCAACAAGAGUCAUUGAGUUGAGCUACGCUCCAUCACGCUGCCGUGUGCUAAAGCAGUGCUGUGGAGAUCAGUUCACAGUGUGCCACAGCGGCGCCUACCGGCAAACGGUGACUUUGGGCCGGAUGGAUGUGCUUGGUGGCUGGGGGCAGCCAAUCUGGCUGCAGUGCACGGCCCAGACGGUGGCAGACUUUACGACCUUCACCGAGGUGCAGGCUCCGGCGCCGUUGUCGUUGGAGCUGCAUGAGGCCAAGGCAACCACGAUGAGGGCCAAGUACCGCCUGGGUUACAUUCUCGAUGAGACUGCAACCUGUGACUGUGCGACCCUGUCCCUCGAGCUGCGCGCCGACGAUUCAAGCGUCUGGAACUUCUUCCCGGGUCAGGACAACAGCUGCACCAUCGCAGGACAGCUCUUUCAGCUACCGCCAGGAUCAGGUAGAUUUCAGCAAAGCCCCUUCAUGCAGAGAAUGCGGGAGCUUGAUGAGAAAGCGUGGCAGCAGUUCAGUGAGAGGGACAAGAAGCGCGCAAAGACGGACCCGAGCUUCAGUCCCAAAGACACCGAUUUCGAAGCCCCGAAGUCCUUCAAGUAUGACAAAUCCGUCAACUACUACAAAACUCUGGGACUUGAGGAGUAUGCCACCAACGACGAAAUCAAGAAGGCCUACCGAAAGCUGUCUCUCAACUACCACCCUGACAAGCAGACCAAUAAGACACAGGAGGAGAAGGAUGAAGCUGCUACCAUCUUCAUGGAGAUCAAGAACGCAUACAAGCUGCUGGCGGACGAUCCCACUCGCCGCCAGUACGACUUCGAGCGCGACCGCGACUUCGUGAGUGCCCAGAGCCAUGGCAAGAAGCCCCAGGAGAAGAACAGCUUCGAUGCUGGAGAGGCGCUGCAACGGAUGAUGCAGAAAGCCAAGGAGAACAAGAAGCUGCCCAGCGAGAUCGUCACCGUGCCAGUGCACUGCCGAAUUGAGAAGUUCGUCUUCGGUGGCCAAAAAACCUUGACACGCACCAGGCUUGUCAAGGACAAGAGCUACGGCGGCUUCAACGAGGAGGUGAAGACCUUUCGGAUCGACGUUCCCGCCGGUGUCGAGCAACCUUGGGGUGUGGACUUCCGGAGGCAGGGCGAUCAGCAUGAAGGAAAGGAGGCAGACACCAUCCGCUUCCUGUUCUCGGCCAAGCCACACUUGUGGCUGGAUAGAGAUGGCCAGGACAUCAAGCUCAGGGAAGCCAUCCAGCUGGGCUCGGCCAUGCGUGCUGAGCCCUACAUGUCUGCCUCCAUCUCGCCCUUUGCCGGGCGCCACGUCUUCCUCUGGGGUCGGAAUCCUUUCUACGGCUCCACGGCCGUUGCCGAGGAGGGCCAAGUGGCCGUGCAGCUUCAGAGCCUGGGCUGUGGGCCCACCGGUGCCUUGGCCCUGCUCCUGAAGCUGGGUAUGGGGACGAGGCCGGAGGUGCAUCGGCAAGUGGCUCCGGGGCCCCCUGUGGGCCGGCGGCAGUUCCUCGAGCGUUUUGGGUUGGCCCCGGCCGCCGGCUUCAGCGAGCCGCUCCCAGAACCAGGUGCCGGCAGCAUGCUGCGGACUCUCCUGGAGAGGCGACAGUGCCGGCGGGAGAUGCAGCAACGGCUCACGGCGGAUGUUGCUCUCAGGCCAGUUGGACAAGCUGUUCGGCUGUUCACGAAGCCGCCCUGUACACUGACAUUCCUGGCCAGCACAGCUCCAAAGUAUGAGCUCUUUGCCGUGAGUCUGGACUGUCCAGCAUGCGGCAAGAAGAAGGCUUCUGCUGAAUGGGACCGACUAAAGGCGCGUUUGACGACGGUCUUGCAAGAAACGGCGUUCAUCCUUAUGGCACAGGCACGGAAUGCGCGGCCUCGGUCUCUUCUUGCCAAGCCGGUCUUCGAUGACCGGAUCGCGCUUUCAAGGAAAGAUCGCCCCAUGCCCUGGAAGAGCAUCGGUGAUCAGGCCUUCAAGCAGGGGAGCUACUGGAUCGCCUGUGCCGUCUAUGCCAAGCGGCUGGAAGAGCUGCGCGUGGUCGUGCGUGUGCAUUCGGCGGAGAACGAAGGUCAGGAGGAGCCCUGUGAGGAGGAACAGGAGGAGGAGGUGAUCGACGUGAGUGGACAGCGCGGCCCGGACUUGGUGCCGGAAGCUGCAAAGGUCCUCACCAACCGUGCCGCUUGCCUCAUCAAGGUGCAGGACUACCUCGCGGCUGCGGCCCACGCUCGCAAAGCCGCCGAGCUGGCGCCGCGCUGGGCCCGGGCCUGGAGCCGCCUGGGCCAGGCGGCCUGGGAGCUCAAGGACAGCUUUCGGGCGGAGGCUGCGCAAGCCUACGCCAAGUCGGUGGAGAUGGAUCCCUUGCCCUCCACUGUCCAGGCACUGCAAAGCGCUGUUGGGCAACUGCAGGGGCCGAAUCCCGAUGCGUCGCAUGAUGCCAAGGAGAAGGGAAACCAGGCAAUGCGCGCGGGGGAGAUCGGCCUGGCCAUCGCCCUGUACACGCAAGGCAUCGCCCAGCUUCCGCCGCCGGGGUCGGACGAGCCGGACCGUCCCGAUGCGCACGCGCUGCUGCGAGGGGUCCUCUUCACGAACCGCUCGGCGGCCUUCUCGCGCGUCCGCAGCUGGGAUGCGGCCGUUGCGGAUGCCAAGGAGGCCGUGGCUGCACAGCCGGGCUUGUCAAGUGCGCACUCCCAGCUGGGAGUUGCCCUGCUCGGUAGCGGCUUCCAUCAAGAGGCUUACAUACAGUUUGCCAAAGGCGCAAAGCUGGAUUCAGAGCACAAGCCGUCCAUCAAGGGCCGCAACACAUGCCUGAAGGAGAUGCUGGCUUGGAAGUCAUCCUCCGCCACUGCUCGAUACCAGAACCGCUUCUGGCUGGACCUGAAAAGGCAGAAGGGAUCCACACGGAUUUUUGCCAUCUCCGAUCUGCAUUUUGACCAGAAGUGUAACGAGGAUUGGGCUCACACCAUUGAUGACAUUGCUUUCCUGGACGAUGUCCUCAUUGUUGCUGGCAACGUGGCCGACACCAAGGUCGGAAUGACCCGGGCGCUCACAACGCUGAAGUCCAAGUUCCGGAGGGUCUUCUACACGGUGGGCAACCACGAAAUGCAGAUCACGGCCUCGGAGUUCGCAAGGUAUCCGGACUCCAUCGCGAAGCUGUCGGAGAUUUUCAGCGCGUGCGACGAGUUGGGCAUAGAUGUUUUUCCUGCCCCGGUGUGCGAGGGUGUCCUCGUGGUCCCGCUGCUCUCCUGGUGCAGCGCCGAGUUUGAUCACGAGGAUCCGUUUCCAGACCCCAACUCGAACUUCAACCGUCGCUGCUCAUGGCCGAUGGACCCUGACCUGCAGGUCUGGAAGUACAUGAUGAAGCUGAACGAGUCCUUCCUCAGCUUCCAGGGCUACGAGACUGUGAUUACUUUUUCCCACUUUCUCCCGCGGCAGGGUCUUCCCUUCGACAAGACACGGAAGAAUGCUGUAAAGGCUGUCGGGUGUGACAUGAUCGACGAGCAGGCCCGGGCUCUCAAGAGCAAGCUGCAUGUCUAUGGCCAUGGCCGGGUGAGAUAUGCUCAAAUGCAUUCGGGUGUGCGGUAUGUCAGCCCGCCUAUCGGCUUUGAAACGGAUUGGCCAAAGGAUCAUCCUCCGCGUCUCAUGCUUGUACACACCGGCAAGAGCCUCUGCAUGCAGGAGUGGGGAGCAGACGACGAGCCUCCACUCGGCUACGUGAAGCGGCUGCUGAGCUUGAGCUUCUACGCCAUGCCGGGUUUGCGCGAGAGUGAGCUUCGAAAGCUCCAGAACUCAAUGCCAAGGCACAACUCUUUCCCUGGAAUUUCCUGCUCAUUUGAUCGUCUGGGCAGCAAGAACCAAGACAAAGAGGCUCUGUCAAAGGAUGCGUUCCCAGACAUUGCGCAACUAUGUAAGGAUGCUACACACGUCAUGAUCACGGUCGCGGAUUCUCUGGAAAACCUGAAGGACCUGUGGAAAAGUGAUGCUUUCGCAAAGGAUUGGACGGCGGCGAUUGCGCCCCACGCCCGCAGCACGGUGUCCUUCACCACACCGCUCGGCUUAGACCUCGUCCACGCAAAGAAACGGGACCCAAUGCUCAUCGUGUACGGCCUUCGCUUGAGUGAGGCGGUCAAGGAAGAUGGCGAUGAGUAUGGCAAGAUGCAAAAAGCAGUCGAGGCUAUCAACAAGCUCCCUGGAAUUGAUGGCAAGAUUGCUGUGUCCCUCCACCCUAUGGGCUUUGCGCGCUUCUCACACGGUGAGCUCUUAGAUGAGCUGGGGGAGAGAAACGACAAGAGCAAUGGGCUGACUCACUGCUUUACCGUGCUCGUGGAUGAUCCUUCAAGCUACAAGAUGCUCGCUCAAAGCAAGACCUUCGGAAAGUGGAAGGCUUCCUAUGAGCCUUACCUCAACGGUCGUAGUCCUAGUGUGAUGGCUUUUGCCCUGCCCUUGGACAUCGCAGCAACGGCAGCAGCUCCCAAACCUCCCAAAGGGAACAAAGGGAGCAACGGUUUUUCCAAGUCCAAGCGAUGA